AGGUCCUUAAUUUAUUGGAAUAAGGUUGUGGUCCUUUGAUUUCAAAAACCCUCAUGUACCGCUGGCUUUGACCCAAAAUGUGCUAUGACCUUUGAAACGGGAAACUUCCAGCGCCCAUUGUCAAUGCCAAUUUCCGCCAUUAGCUGCAGCAGAUUCCUCCAUUACUCUGUCAAAAAAUCCUAUAAUGAAAUUGAAACGAACAUAAGUAACCUUUUUGUAACGUAUUUACUAUUAAAUCCACAGUUCACUCCUUGACUGAUGUCUGAUGAUUUAUAUUGACGAUAAAUUAAACAGUCGAUCUAUGGCCAUAAUCUCUUUGCUUCCUAGAGCAUUCAAAAGCGUCAAAAUUAACAUUUUGUCAAACAGAAUUUUACACUUAAGCAAUGUCUUACAUUUAUUAUUAAAUAGAAAAUAUGGAAUCAACUGUAAUAGAGAGCGACGGGCGUUGUGCCUGUGAGGUAGGUCCCUCAUUGGCUGUGCUUAACGAUGUGCACAAGGCCUAUGAGGAGAAAAUGGAUCUCAUAAAUCGGACUGCCGGCUCACAGAAACUGCAAAAGCAAGUGCAAUUGCUACAGUCGUGGGUGGGUGACCUUGUCGCUCAGAACACCCUUUUGGCACGUACCGUAGAGGAACUGGAAAUUGAAUUAACAUCCCGUGUACUGAGUGAACGUAGGAAGUUCUCCGAGAAAGAUAAAAGCAAGAAUGUAAUAUGCGAUGAAGUGAGUGAACUGAAAAUUAAGAUAGACUCUUUACAAAGGGAUAACCUUAAUAAGGAGAGAGAAAUACGAAAGCUGAGCAAGGAAGUGCAACAAUACGAACAGACAAUCAAUAGUCUCCGAAAUGAUAUAUCGAUGUCGAAGUACCACACACCGGAUGUAAGUAGAAAAGACGCCGCUGUUACAGUGGAAAUAUGCUGUUCCGCAAAUAAAGAGUGUGGCGACAUAGAACCCGUGAAGGAAGGCGGCGCGAGAGACGAGCACGUGCAGUACCAGGAGCGAAUACAACACAUGGAGUCAAGUGGUCAGAAUGUUCGAGCCCUAAGAGAAGUUAACGUGUCUUUAUCAGAGGAAGUACAAGCCCUGCAUCGCGUGUGCGCAGCCUUGGAUGAGCAAUGCCGUGUGUCAGCCCUGCGAGCGCAGUUCAAAGACGAAAUUAUACGGGAGAUGCGCCGCCAACUAAAAUGGGCUAAAGCUAAGCUGAAGGAGUCUGACCAAAAGAGCAACACAGAGGCGACGAGCAGUCAGUCUUACGGAUCAGUACGUCGUAGUAAUGGGAGGGACUUACCUGACCUUGAUAUGAAUCCUGACUGGAUAUGCCAGAAUAGAAUCUACGACGGCUCCGGGGACGUUGUUUCAUAUGGAAGAGAUUAAAUUUCUGUUCUCCUAAGAAGUCAUACUGUCCUAUUAAGAAUUACCAGUCUCAGAAUUCUUAUAUAAUUUAUUAUAUUAUUGGCAGCCGACACAGCAUAUUUGUCACAAGUUAUUAGCUAGGCUUGAUUGGACCACGAUUGGUCCCUUCAUAAAAGAACGACAUUCAAGGUCAUUUGUCUUUUUCUCUCAAAUUAGAUUUAACCUGAUCACGAAAGAGACAAAUGAAUGCUUGUAAAAGUUUGUUAGAUUGAUUUAGUUUUUAUGGAGUGUCUUGCAAUAAAUAAGUGUGUAAUUAACACGCAAUGGCACAUUUUUGAGAUAUGUAAUCUAGAAAUAAACGAUAAUGAUUUUGGUAAGUAAUAUGUUUGGACCAAUGUAUUAGUUUACCUUGUUUGUUUUAUAUUAUAAUCUGGUAUUGACAACAGGCUGGGGUUUCAACGUCGACCCCAAACAGAAGCCACGAAACUAACUUGCUUGACACCAGCGAUAUAUCCAUCGUUGAGAGGGUAUGUGAAUAAUAUUCUUGGAAAGUUAUAUUUUAAUCAACGUGAAAAGUUGAUUUGUCAAUUAUGGUUGAAAACAUAGUAAUGAAUUAAUAACCCACUAACGAAGAUUCUAAUAAAAAUCUGAAAAUUUGGUAUA